AUUUCUAAUGAGCUGUAAUGCCGCCUCGAGCGGCAGGGACCCCGCGCAGGGACGGGGCAGCGCCGGCCGACCCGGUGCUGCGCUCGGGCUUUCAGCGCUUCGUGCUGCUGUAGCUGCAGCGAGGCUUCUGGCUGGAAUAGUCCGGUCGACGUUAAAUGGUACAGCAGUGCCGCGGUGGCGCCUGAAAUGCCUGGAUGGGUCUCCUGUGCUGUUUAAGGUGGAACGGAAAGUUGCCUGGAGGGCAGAUGUUGAUCUCUUUGAUCUCUGCGGCGCUGAUUUACACUUUACAUGUUAACUCGCUGAUUGGCCGCCGGUACAGUCAGGGACGCUGAUUACGUCACACAGAAUUAAAGCGCUCCUCUGAUUCCCUGCAGACUCACUGACUCCCGAACCCUCGAGCUCAGGCUGCGCGGGCUGACCCGGAACCGGGCCGAACAUGAGAGAAGUCUGACCCAGAUCAGCGCUCGCGCCUUUACAGGAGCAUUUACAUCACAAAAUGAAUGACCUCCUGUUCCAGAUCUUCUUCUGCUCCUAGUGUCCACUUUCCUAAACUGCUCGCAUUUCCCUCCACACACUUGUCAGGAAAUGGUUCCACGAAGAAGGUUAGUGGAGGAGACUGACUGAAGGUGAGGAGAGAGAAAGCGGGAGGGAUCGUAUGUGUGAACAUGGCGUCUCCUGGAAGCUCCAGCACUCAGAGAACCUCAGAGUCUGAUGUUCUCCACACAGGAGAUGCUGAAACCUCCUGCACUGAAACGCAGAAAGACAUGAGCACGAGGAUUCAUCAGUGUUCAGACUGCGGAAAGAGCUUCAAUCGGCUCAGUUACCUCAAAACGCACCAGCGCAUUCACACCGGAGAGAAGCCGUAUCAGUGCUCCGAGUGCGGAAGGUGCUUCGCUGUGCAGAGUAAUCUCCAAACACACCAGCGCACGCACACCGGGGAGAAACCGUAUCACUGCUCAGACUGUGGGAAGAGCUUUGCUGUGCAGUGUAAUCUCCAGACUCACCGGCGCGUUCACAGUGGAGAGAAGCCGUACUCCUGCUCGGAGUGCGGCAAGAGCUUCAGCAGGCAGGACCACCUUCAGCUGCACCAGCGCAUCCACACCGGAGAGAAGCCGUGCUUCUGCUCGUUUUGUGGGAAGAGCUUUACGAGGGAGAGUCACCUCCAGCUCCAUCAACACGUUCACACUGGACAGAAACCCUACCAGUGUGCAGAGUGUGGGCGGAGCUUCAGAGACAGAGGCUCUCUCAGAACACACCAGCGCAUCCACACCGGAGAGAAGCCGUAUUACUGCUCCGAAUGCGGGAAAAGCUUUACCAGAGCGGGUCACCUGGAGCUGCACCAGCGCAUCCACACCGGAGAUAAACCCUACUACUGCUCCGACUGUGGGCGGAGCUUCAGACAUUCAAACACUCUGAAGACACACAAAUGCAUAACGAGGGACUAGAAAAGUCAGGAGUCACGUGAGAAUUUAACUGAUGAUGAUGAUGAUGAAACUAGGAUCACACAAUAUGUGUUAAUCAUACUCAUACAGCAGUUUGGCACAAUCUGACUGUUCGAGAAACGUUCUAGCAGUGUUAUUGAUGAUUACAGCACUUUUUUUGACGACGGCCGUAUCUUUAAACACCGGUCACUAAGUAAUGACUGCCUUUAGCAAACCGUCGGUCCGUUUCUACUCCAGACCAUACAAAAACAGGAAAUUCUGGACAUCCGACUUUCGACUUUCUCAUCUCAUUUCUCAGCAAAUAAACGUCCAAAAAUAA